AUGGAAUAUUUGCCAGAUUGCUUGAUAUUCCAGAUAUUCUUAAAUCUUCCGACCAAAGAUGUGGUUCAGACUAGUGCGUUGUCCACCAGAUGGACAACUCUCUGGAAAGACGUACAUGGUCUGGAUUUGGACACCGAGGAUUUCAAUACACACGAAACAUUCGUGAGUUUUGUCGAUAACUUUCUUGAACGCAACCGUGGUUCGUCCAUACAUCUGUUUAAGGCAACGUACGAUUCUUCUUAUAAGCCUGAUCUUGUCAAUCGCUGGGUCGACACUACUGUUAGGCUUAAAGUUGAACAUCUCGACGUUUCGGACGAUUUAUCUGCUCAGGAUAUCAUGAUGAAUCCAACAGUUUACACUUGUAGUAGCUUGGUGUCCCUAAGGCUCGUGGGAAUGAGCUUACCUAGUCCCGAGCGUGUUUCAUUACCUUCUCUCAAAGAUAUUGUUUUAAUCGUCAUUGAGUAUACCAACCCAUGGGCAUUAGAGAAGUUAAUCUCACAAUGCCCAGUUCUUGAAAACGUUAGUAUUGAUAGAAUUUACGGUGAUGGAAUGCCCAUUUUACGUGUGCGUUCCCAGUCUCUAUUGAGCUUCAUGCAUUAUUGGGAUAAGAAUGAUGAUUAUGAGAAAGAUCGUAUAGUUGAAAUUGAUGCUCCCAUGCUUAAGUGUCUGAGGAUCAGUGAUGGUGGAACUGCGAGCUUCAUUAUAAAGAAUCAGCCUUCCCUUGUAGAAGCUGAUAUAGAUACUGUGUUUAGUUUGACAACUGAAAUGUUGCUACAAGUUGCAAAUGAAAUACAAGUUCGUGAUUUUCUCGUUGGGAUCUCUAAGGUGAAAGAUCUGACCAUCGCCUCCUCUACUCUCGAGGUACCUAUAUUUCUUGAUUUCCAACUUUAAACCAAUUAUAUAUUUCUCUCCGUUCAAAAUGUAUGUUUUUGAAUUUUCACAUAUAUUAAAAACAUCUUAAAUUUUAACUUUAAAUAUUAUUUUUUGUUAUUAACUAUUUCUCACAACUUUUUAUCAAUCAAAAUUCAAUAAACAAAAUUAUAUUUCUUCAAAAUUUACAAUGUAUUCUUAUUAACUAACAAAAAAUACACUGAAGGUUGUACAAAAAAAAUACCGGUAGUUGUACAAAAAAGUAUAUUUCUCAAAAAAUAAGUAUAUUUCUCAAAAAAAAUUAAGUUUUUGAAACAUUUUUUUUUAAAACAUGGAUCAACUCGAGAGAAUGCUAGUUAAUUAUUCUCCAACUAUCGAUGUAAUACUUCAUUUAUUAACACUGAUACCUUUUUUGUUGAUGUUGUUAUCUGUCCACAAGCUAACAUUAAGCUUGGAUGAUGCCCCAAAGAAAGAAGAAUCUGACAUCUUCAUAGAACUCCUUAACUUUCCGAGACUCUCUUGCUCAUGCCAAAUUAUUGUACGAUGAUCCUCAUAGUCAUCAGCAAUGGACAUAUAUGUUUGUCUUUGAUAACUAUUUGUUGCUUCUUAGUUUAUUAUGACAUUGGAGUGUUGAAGUUGGUAUGAUAUUUAUAGUAUUUAUCAUAUUUAUGAGUCAAAUAAGUAUUUGAUUUAUCGUGGCUGAAGGCAUAUAUGCUUUGGAAUUUGUGAAGAUGGUUUUGUGCUUCCUUCUUUUGUCUUGCAUGGCUAUAUAAUUUUUUUUUGUAUUAAACAAAACAAUUGGGACCUUUUAAAAACCACAAAAAGCAUUUCUGGAAGCACAUUUUUACCUCCAAAAAUCACCUUUUUAUUAGUGGGAAUAAUAUCUCAUCAAGCUUCUGAUUACAUUUCAAUUCAUUAAGAAUAAGAAAAUGAAAAAAAAAACAAGAAAAAAAUAAGAAGAAUCUUUUGUUUGAAAGACUCUAAUGAUUGCGCGAGACUCUAAAAUUAGGUGUCAAGUUAUCUAAGAAUGGAAAUGGUCUUAUGCUUGAACUUUAAUAUUAUAUAUUGGUUUUAAGAAACUAGGGUUUUGUCUAGGUUUUCUAUUUUUUGUCAUCAUAUUCAUAAAUCACGGUAAUUUUUUCUAUUUAAGAAGCCGUUAAACUAUUUUAUAGGAUAGUUUUUGAUGUUUUAAUAGACAAAUAUUUAUUUUAAGCUUUUAUUGUUCUUGAUUGAACUAAAUUUAUUAAAAUAAGAAGCUGAUCUUAAGUCAGUAUUGCAAUUUUCAAACUAGAAUUGCCAAAUCUUUUAGGUAAAAAAAUUAUGACUAUCGAAUUAGUCAUCUGAUUAUUUUUAUGUAAUUUUAUAUGGUUUUUGAGAUUUUUAACUCAUUUUUUUUCAAAAUCUAAUAUUAAGUUAUACUAAUUCAUUAAUUGUAUUAUUAUACAUAGUGUAUAUGAUAGUUCACAUUU